AUGAUGGAAGUCGCAACGACAACGACGCAUGACCGUCCGAGAAAGAAGCGGACGGGCGGAGCUGGGUCUGCUGCCAGAUCUGGUGCAGGCACAAUGGUAAAACACAACAACGGAGCGAAAAAGGUGGACGAUCUACGGCUAUCGCUACGGCCAAAAGAAGAGCAGGAACGGAUACGGAGGCACAAAGAAGCGCAGAGCCAAUAUGGGCGCGGCAAGCAGAUACCCCUGAAGGCGGUGCAGGACAGGAAGCUGAAGAGAACUCUCGGAAACCUCGAAAGCCGCUACAAGAGGGCGGUCGACCAGGCCAAGGAUGCCGAGGUGCUCUUGGAAAACGCCAGCGGCUUUCUCGAGGCCGAGACCGAUCUGGAGCGCACGUACAAGGUGCGGCAGGAUGAGAUUGUCAAAGAGGCACCGAUUGCGGUAGCGCAGAAACGCUUCGAUCUCAAGCUUGAUCAGCUGGGGCCGUACAUGUGCGAGUUCACGCGGACAGGUCGCGAGCUGCUGUUGGCCGGCCGCAAGGGACACGUCGCCACGAUGGACUGGCGUGAGGGAAAGCUGGGAUGCGAGCUGCAGCUGGGUGAGACCAUCCGCGACAUUCGGUGGCUGCACAACAAUCAAUACUUUGCUGUGGCGCAGAAGAAGCACGUGUACAUCUACGACCGGAACGGCGUAGAGCUGCACUGCAUGCGGAAGCAUAUUGAGGUCUCCCACAUGGAGUUUCUGCCAUACCACUUUCUGCUGUCAACCAUUAGCCUGUCCGGCCAGCUGAAAUACCAAGACGUGACAACCGGCAACCUCGUGUCAGAAAUUCAUACCAAGACAGGGGCGCCCUGCUCGUUUACGCAGAACCCGUACAACGCGGUCGUGCAUGCGGGACACCAGAACGGCACGGUGACGCUGUGGUCGCCCAACUCGUCGGAGCCGCUGGUGAAGCUACUGGCUCACAGAGGCCCCGUGCGGGCAUUGGGCGUCGACCGGCAGGGCCGCUACAUGGUGUCGGGCGGCCAGGACUGCCGGAUGUCCGUGUGGGACAUUCGCAUGUUCAAGGGCGAGGUCGGCAACUACCACACGCACCACCCGGUAUCGUCGAUCUCGAUCUCGGACUCGGGCGUGGUGGCCACGGGCCAUGCCACGCGCACGACGCUGUGGAAGGGUAUCUUGACGGGCCCGGUGGAGGAGAAGCCGCUGCCGUACAUGAAAUGGGGUGGUGAUGGCAAGGCGAUUGAGCGGGUGCGGUUCUGUCCGUUCGAGGAUGUGCUGGGCGUCAGCCACAACAUGGGCUUCUCGUCGCUCAUCGUGCCGGGUGCGGGCGAGGCCAACUUUGACGCGCUCGAGGUGAACCCGUACGAGACGGUGAAGCAGCGGCAGGAGGGCGAGGUCAAGGCGCUGCUGAACAAGCUGCAGCCGGAGAUGAUCGCGCUGGACCCCAACUUUGUCGGCAAGCUGGACGAGCGGUCAGAGGCGCAGCGACAGGCAGACCGCGACCUGGACGCCGUGCCGGUGGACAUUGGGGACGAGAUCCGCAACAAGAUGCGCGGCAAGAACACGGCGCUCAAGAAGUACAUACGGAAGCAGCGGAAGAAGAACAUUAUCGACGAGAAGCGUCUCAAGGUGGACGAGAUCUGGAAGGAGCAGCAGAAGCGGAAAAGGGAGAAGCUCGAGGAGGCCAAGGAGGAUCUGGGGCCGGCGCUGGGCCGGUUUGCACGGAAAGAGUAG